GGCCCUUGCUCCAGUGACCCGUCCUCGGGGCCGCAGGAGGGCCACUCAGCCGCUCCGCUACGCGGGUGCACCGGCCCCAGAGCGCGCUGUGGUCCAGGGCGCGGCAGCAGGAACGCGGGGACUCCGUUCCGCUUCAGGUGUCAAGGUGCGGAGCGCGGCCGGCGCAGCUAGUGCGGUGGUACGGCGGGAGGACGCGGAGCGGAGCUGGGGCCCGACCGGCAGCGCAGCCCCUGCUGAGCGCGAACGAGGCGGCCGGACGGCGCGCCCCGGUGCGGGCAGAGCGCAAGCAGGACGCGGCCUCAGAGCUUUUGAAACCAUCGGAGAGAAGGACUCACAUCCCAUCCCACUUUGGGGAAGGGGCCACUUCUCGCCAUGUCUUCCACUGCUGCUGCUGAGCCAGGUGGGGAGGAGUCAGACAGACAUGUCAGCAAGCUCAUUUUCUGCCUGUUUGUGUUUGGCAUCAUCCUGUUGUGUGUGGGAGUCCUGCUCUCCAUCUUUGGGUUCCAGGCGUGCCAACAUGGGACCUUCCCAGACUGUAGCAUGGUGCUGAAGGUCGCGGGACCCUCGUGUGCUGCUGUUGGUCUUGGCGCUGUCAUCCUGGCCCGCUCCCGGGCUCGACUUCAGCUCCGGGCCAGGCGGCGGCGGGGCAACAGGGAGGACGCCGACCAAGCCUUCAUCUGCGGAGAGAGCCGCCAGUUUGCCCAGUGCCUCAUCUUUGGGUUUCUGUUCUUGACAAGUGGCAUGCUGAUCAGCAUCCUGGGCAUUUGGGUCCCUGGAUGUGGCUCAGACUGGAUGCAGGAACCGCUGAAUGAGACAGACCCUGCCGAUGCUGAGCCCCGGAUCUGUGGAUUCCUGUCACUGCAAAUCAUAGGGCCCUUGAUUGUGCUCGUAGGAUUAUGCUUCUUUGUGGUUGCCCACAUUAAGAAGAGAAACAACUUGACCUCAGGCCAGGAGGCCUCUGAAAGUGAAGAGGGACAGACUCAGAGCAUGGAGCCCGUCCGGGUUACUGUAGGUGAUGCAGUGAUAAUAUUUCCGCCCCCUCCACCACCUUACUUUCCUGAGUCUUCAGCUUCUGCAGUAACUCGAGGUUCUGGGGCUAGCGCUUUGCUUCCGAAUGAAAAUCCACCUUCAUAUUACAGUAUUUUUAACUAUGGGACCCCAGCUCCUGAGGGCCCAGGCGUUGCUCUCGGUAGAGAUCACGAAUCCAUAUAUACUAUUUCUGGGACUAAUUCAUUCUCUGAGAUCUCACACCCUCCACAUCUUUCAUCUGAAUCACCUCCCAGGUAUGAAGAAAAAGAAAACACUGCGACUACAUCCUUGUCUCCAUCUCCCGAGCCUUCCCCACCAUGAGCCGUGGACUCCUGUUCAGUUUUAUAUAUAAUUGAAUAGUAUUUAAUUUGUUUUUUAAUUAAAAAAAAAAAAAAACACAA